AUUAUUUAGUAACCUUUUUGGUAAUAAAGAAAUGAGAAUUUUAAUGGUUGGUUUAGAUGCCGCUGGUAAAACCACCAUUUUAUAUAAAUUGAAAUUAGGUGAAAUUGUUACCACCAUUCCAACCAUUGGUUUCAAUGUUGAAACUGUUGAAUAUAAAAAUAUCUCCUUUACCGUUUGGGAUGUUGGUGGACAAGAUAAAAUUAGACCUUUAUGGAGAUACUACUUCCAAAACACUCAAGGGAUCAUUUUCGUAGUUGAUUCUAAUGAUAGAGAUCGUAUUGCUGAAGCUAGAGAAGAAUUACAACAAAUGUUAAAUGAAGAUGAAUUAAGAGAUGCUUUAUUAUUGGUUUUCGCCAAUAAACAAGAUUUACCAAAUGCUAUGAAUGCCGCUGAAAUAACUGAAAAAUUGGGAUUGCAUUCCAUCCGUCAAAGACCUUGGUACAUCCAAUCUACUUGUGCUACUACCGGUGAUGGUUUAUACGAAGGUUUGGAAUGGUUAUCUACUAACUUGAAAAACUCCUCCUAAUCAAUUGAAUCCCGUUAGUUAUUCUUUUUUUUUUUAUUAUUAUUCCUCUCUAUGUCGUUUUUACUCUGAUCGUUUUACCUAUUUGAAUUGAUUUUUGUAUUUGGUAAUCUAUUUAUCAAUACUCUUUUUUUUUU